ACAACCCGGAAGAAUUGCCCGUCUCUGACUAAUGUUUGAAUAGGCGAGAAUGACCAAUUUCUCUUCUGGAAAAACGGUAAAACGCAAUGCUGCUAACAUCGUCUGUCCGCUGAUGGUCACAUUUGUUUCCUAAUCUUUGUUGCUGGAGGUGGAGGCGGUCGAGUGUGAGUAGCAACGCCCUGAUGCCAGCCAUCCCGACGGAGAAAAAUACACCCGUUCUGUUUACAAGUCGACUGAAAGAAAUUGUUUCCCUCCGCAGUGUAUUUAGCUAAUCGUGCUGUCGUGUGUGUUUAGACGAGAAAAAACAUGGCUGAAUUGCAUGUUGUGGAACCGAGUGGAACUAGCACCAUAGAGCAACCCGAGCACCGUGAUGUCCGGGGCUCGAUGCGCCUGGCGUCGCCCACUCUCAUGGUUCCGCCGCGGGGCAGCCAGCUUAGCCCCAGCGGGGUGUCGAGCGGCGGCGGUGGCGGCAGCAGCAGCAGCAGGUCGGUGUUCGGUUUCCCAUUGAAGAGCAAUCCGAGCUCCCCUUCCGAACCGGUGGACAAGCCGGGCUCACGCUGGGUCCGACUCAACGUCGGUGGGACCUACUUUAUCACGACUAAACAGACGUUAUGUAGGGACCCCAAAUCUUUCCUUUUCCGACUGUGUCAGGAAGACCCGGACCUGGACUCUGACAAAGAUGAGACGGGAGCCUACCUUAUCGACAGGGACCCCACAUACUUCGGUCCCAUCCUCAACUACCUUCGACACGGCAAACUGAUCAUGGAUAAGAAUCUGGCUGAGGAAGGUGUUCUCGAGGAAGCCGAGUUCUACAACAUCGCCUCGCUGGUGCGGCUGGUGAAAGAGCGGAUACGGGACAACGAGAACCGAACGUCUCAGGGCCCUGUGAAGCAUGUGUACCGAGUACUACAAUGCCAGGAGGAGGAACUCACACAGAUGGUCUCAACCAUGUCGGACGGUUGGAAGUUUGAGCAGCUCAUAAGUAUCGGCUCCUCAUAUAACUACGGCAACGAGGACCAGGCUGAAUUUCUAUGUGUAGUUUCCCGGGAGCUCAACAACUCCACCAAUGGCAUCGUCAUAGAGCCCACUGAGAAGGCCAAGAUCCUUCAAGAACGAGGCUCGCGGAUGUGAGGGGACCCUCAGCUAAACAACAACAACAUGAGCACAUUCUCCGGUGUUCCUCAACCACCUUUCACCACCGCCCUCAUCAUCAUCAGUCAGCUCUCUUCUCCUCUGGUGUGCCUUUCCACAGUGGGAGCUCCCCAGCGCCGCCUCUUCAGCACUGCAACACGACCCUCACUUGUCCUCCCCGUUCUUCUUCUUCUCCUCUUAAAGUGAUGACAAGUGAGUGUUUUUUCCCUCGUUGCAGCUUUUUGAUGGUCGAUAUCACAGCGGUACAGGCUGUGAUGCCGAUUGUCGUCGCCUGUGGAUGGACGCCCAGCACAGAGCUACUGUAAAUCAUCUCCAUUUUUGAUCUUCAUCGCCGUUAUCAGAUGUCAUACUUGGUCUCUCUUACACAUUUGGGUGUGUCAGUUUAGCAGAAACCUCCUCAGGACUUUCAGACAUUUAAGGAAUGAAAACGACUCCAGCGGCUGAGCCCGUCUCUACCUGAAUCUGAACCGUCAUUGUCGUUCGCAGACUCCUCUGCAGCUUGAGGACGAGGCGGAGCAGCUGCAGGCGGCAUGGUUCAGGGUCUGACUUGCACUGUUUGAGCCAGCCGGGUGCAACAGCUCGUCCUCUCUGAGUCUUUUAAAAACCACUUCAGGAGACGAACCACAGCAUCCCACUCUUCCUGUUUCCUGGCUCAGUUAAAUCCGUGAGAAUUUAGGAUUUUUCCACACAUAAGACAACAGAUGACUCCAAACAGACUAUAACUCCAUUAGUGUACAAUUUGUCAAGGCAUGUGAGGAAUCUAUAUAAAUCUAUAUAGGCUACAUGAUGAAAUUAUAUGAAAAGUUGAAUGCAAAAUGGUGUAAUUAUUGAUUUAUUGAUUUCUGUAUCAUAGUUGUCAUAUAUUUAUAUAUUCUUGUGGGUGAGUCUAUUUAAACAAAGGAGAAAAUAUAUCAGUUUUCAUAACCA